CUUCGCGAGAAUUUCGGAAUGAUUUUGUGCGGUAGUUGCUCAACUAUAUUUUACACUGAAUCUGCCACAUGGUGUAAGGUAGUUAGUGAAUCUGAAAAAGCUGCCGUCUACUUGUCGAUGCGGCGGGGUAGACUUCCUUUUAGCGGCCUCCCCCAAAUCCCAAAGAAGUCGGUGGUGCACCAUUGAGUUUCCUCUUAUCACAUUGGCUUUACUGCUUGGCAUUUGCUGGCUCGUCUUCUGUCCUUGGAGAUUCGCGUCUUUCCGCCACUUGUCUUCCAUCAUAUCAGAACCGACUUCUUCAUCACUGGAUAGUCACAUGCGUAUCACGGGUACUCAAUUUCAUAUGAUCCAAGAAGCUUGCAUUUUCUUGUCUUUUCAUUUCUCUGGUCAUGUGUAUGUUCAUCCAACAAGCGUAGCCGAACUCUCACCGUCCAUCUGUCUGUACUUCAACUCAGCAAUAAACCACAUGACUUCCCCAUCCAGCCUCCCCAAAUCCGAAUCCAGUCCAUCUCCAGAAAUCAGUCUAUUUGCCAACGCGAAGAAUUUCCCCCGGUUAUCUAGCUCUGCCAUCAAACCUUUCGUUUUGCUUUUGAGGUUCUUCAAUUUGCUAUGCAAGGCACGAUGUCGGUCUGGGACGCUGUAACUUUCGAUGAGCUUCGAACUGGCUACCAGGUCGAGUUUUUCUUGGAUGGUCGUAAGUUCAUCGUGGUAUCUUGCCGCUGGGAACUCGUGUUUGGUUUUGACGGACUUUACGUUCUAUACAGAAUGAGCAGCAUAUUUUCAUGGUCAAAGUCAUGACUUCGAGAAAUGGAAUCACAUGGUACCAGAUUCGUGAUUGUUCCAUGGGACUUCGGGUGGAUUCACUUCGCCAUGAAACAGAUCCCAACAACGCGCUCCUUUCUCUGCUUCCGGAAACUCACACAUCGAUAAAUCUCUGUGGCACUCUCCUUGAAGCUGGAACAAAUCAUCGUCGUGCGAAUCCCGCGCGCCUAGGAGCUGCAACGUCGGGGCAAGCAGCCAGCCCGCCAGGUGUUAUGAUGCGCUGGAUAUGUGGAUAUUCCUGUGCAUAAGUCUUCUCACUGGCAUCGACUUUGCAAAUGCAGCUACGACUCUUGCUUGCGGAAAUGUCCGGAGCAAUCGGAAUGACUUUAUCCAAAUAUUUGGCGACGCUGCAUCCAACUUGAUUUUUCAUUUUUUGGACCUUCACCAUCGCCUUCCUUGACCUACCAAAAGAUUUUUAUGGCAUCCUGCCACUGAAAGCAUAUCAAUAUUAUCAUAUGCAAAUAUUCUGUUAACAUUGUUCAUCGGAGUUGGCCAAUCAUGGACGGGACGUUCCGCUGGUGUCGAACAAGUAUGUGGAAGGGCCAGUGGCUUUCUCGCUUAGGGUCUAGCUGAGCAUAGAGCUGAAGAUUGAGCGGUCGUGGCGCAAGGAACAUGAAAAGACUGGAUGGGAUGAUCAAACUAAGUUUAUCAGCCCUUUGCUGCGACAUAGCGUGUAGGUGGUGAAGAAGGCAGGCAGCCCAGCUGGUUCUGGCUUCACGUUCGACCGUUCUAAUUAUGAAAGCCGUCAUGAUCGGUAUUUAAAGACCCACACGACGACCACCAAUAUGGGCUGCACUUCAAGCCGCGAACAAGACCAAGAGAGAUCACCCGUUCCUGUUCAUAGUGCAGCAGCCGGUAAACAGCCUUGGGGGCAACAGCAGCCACAUCAGAAUCAGCCAACGCAACCUGUACCGGAACCCCUCCGACAACAUUCCGAGGGACUGCCACGAGAAGGGCCUCCGCAUCAAACAUACACGCAAUUAAAACCGUCGCAAAUGCAAGAGUCAACUCUACCAUCCUUGGAAUCACCAAGCCCAGCUGUUGCAGGCGAGAUCCAAAAUCUUGCCCCGCCAGGAACAUGGCCCAAAGUUGUCAGAAUUGGGACUACACAAUGCACAGUCUCCAUCCACACCCAUCUAUUUACAAGCCCACCUAAUCAACUUCCAUGUUGGACCUACAUCUCACAAGGCAUAGCUACCCCAUCACAACCCGAAGUCGUCUUGACUCUUCUUCGGCGACAAAGCGAGAAUGAGGAGGCAUUCCCUGAAUUUCCUUUGUGGUGGAUGAGGAGCAUUUAUGAAAGAGCCCAAAGUGGCCACCAUCUGGAAACCGGAGAGCUGGUUGAACUUGAGAUUGGACAAGAAGGUGCGGUCUUGAAGUUUGAUCAGAUCAAGAUUGAUCAGAACACACGUUCAUGGCAGACGAUGAGCCGCUUUGGCUCUCUGCUUCAUGGGAUGCCUCUAAAUAGUGGCUGCUUUCAAUUUCUCAACGACAAGCUUCCCACCAAGGCUCAUCACGUCAUUGCAUUGAUACAUGAAGAGACAGCGGUCGCAAAACAAUUUGGAGUUACUCGAGUCCUCGGCCACCUUGGACUAUCUGUCCGCUGGUUUCCAUACCCGCCUUGGAUCGACAGAGACCGAGGGGAUAUCGUGACGCUCGCAGAUCAAGGAGGAAGCGUCCGGAUUGGAAUGCCUAUUCUCCGCUUGAAUGGAUUGAAUGCAAUGCUCAUCCAGGAUGAUAUUGUACUCACGAUUCCUGCGGACGACGAGAAGAGAAAGGUGUUCCGAGACUAUAUCCUUUCACUGCCCUUGUCAGCGGGUGUUGGGCUUGACUCUUUCAUGCUUGAAGAGGCAGAUAGCGGUCUUACUUGGAAACGAGGCCAGAGAGAUCCCAUGGGCUAUGCAUCUAAUAGUGGCGUGAUGAAGAAUCUGAAUCUAGGCUUUUUAAUGUUUGCGCCCCAAGCAGACCAUGAUCACAGCAUCAUGUGUGAAGACGGAUAUGGAAUACUCAUUCGCGAAGAAACCUGGAAAACGAUUCGCGACGCAGUUCAGAAUAGCCAAGACCUCAUCAUCCCUUUGGCCAACGACAAACGAUUUGUCUUACAGUGGAAACACACUGUCUUUCAUAACCCAAUAGACGGCGGCGAAUACACGGCAUCAUGGCAAACUUACAGAUCGUCCAGGCCGCCCAAGCCUCCAUCAACCACGCAUGUGGAUAUGACCCAGAUAGUCUUCCUUGUGGAGCCUCCUCCUGAUACAGUUGACACAAACGACCUUACGAAGUACAUUCAGGAUAUCCAAAAGGCGAUCGAAGAACGAACCCCGGUUUUACCUUUACCGAUACCUCCUGGAAUCUCCCAUCAAGGGAGACAAGUGGUUGUCGAGAUCGAACUUCCGAAGCGCGAAGGGUGGUUGAAGAUGACUGCUUACCCGAGUAUGGAAGGUCUUGAUAUGAUGGGGAUUAUGGGGCAGAUUGGACCUUUGGUAGCUCCAGAGACACGAGCGUUGACCAAGCUUCAGUUGUAUUUUGAUUUGUGGGGCUAUGAUGGACCAACCGCACAGUUUUCAUGA